ACUCUCGUAGAAAAUAUUUUUCCUCCAAAAUUACUAUUUUAUUUUUAUUAUUGUGUCUUGCUGCACAAUCUUAUGGGUAUAAUAGCUGCACUGAAUAAUUUCUCUGCACCAUAAUACUAUACUUCCUACACCAUAAUUGACAGUUAUGAAUAUAAUAACCAAAUCAAUUUCUGGCAUCUAUAUAGAAUUUUUCCGACGCAAAAAUGUCAAUAAAAAGCCAUUUUUCAGUCAUGUUUAUUUCCAUAAAAAUAAAAAUAAAAAUAACCUUUCUUUUUUGUGGUUGUUUCACUCUGGCCUAUCAAAAUACUUACGAUUUAGCAAUGAGAAUUAAUUAGUGUUGUCAACGUUAGACAUCUAUAAAUUUGAAAACGAAAUAAAAUUGAAAUAAAUAUGCUUGAAUCGUCAAUAUUGCUUUGUUCGGAAACAUACCAAUAUUGGAAUAAUAACGGACCAUAAACGUCAAUACCUACGAAAAAAGAAAUGUUAUUUGUACAAUCUGACAAUAAUACGUAGCAGAUUAAAAAAGUCAACCCAACAGAAUCUUUGAUUUUGGACUUACGACUGAAUCCAUUAGUUGUCGAAUCCAUCGAAGCAGCAUGGCCUGCGAAGUACCUGAUCAGAACCGUAGAUUCUUCGUCGCCCUCCAUGUCGGCGCCGGAUAUCACCCGCCGUCCGACGAGAAAGCUAUCCGUUUCGCCAUGAAACGCGCCUGUCUUGCCGCUUCUUCCGUUCUCCGACAGGUCUCUCCAUCUCUCUCCCUUAUUCUUUUUUCCUUUCUCUGUUUUGCAGUUUUUAUGCAAUUAGUGUCUUCAAUAACGCUUACACGUUCGUGGAUUUAGGGCGCCGGCCGAUGUAUAGAUGCUGUGGUUGCUGCAAUUCAAGUAUUGGAGGAUGAUCCUAAUAUAAAUGCUGGGAGAGGCUCAAAUUUGACCGAGGAUGGACAUGUAGAAUCCGAUGCCAGUGUCAUGGACGGUUGUUCUGGAGCUUUUGGUGCUGUUGGAGCAGUGCCAGGUGUGAGAAACGCCAUCCAAAUUGCUGGACUACUGGCUAAGGAACAGGCCUUGGGUUCAUCUGUGCUUGGUAGGAUAAAUCCCAUGUUCUUGGUUGGUGAAGGAGCUCGGAGAUGGGCAAUGUCCAAGGGUAUUGCCUUGCCAAAAACAGUGAUGGAAGCCGAAAAAUGGCUAAUAACGGAAAAGACAUUCAAGAAAUGGAAGAUAUUCAGAAAAAGGCUUGAUGAUGCCAAAGCUAUGGCUGAUGCUUCAGCCAGAGUCCCUUGCUUAUCCCAAAAGGCUGUCGUAUCAGAGGCUCCACUUGAUGGAAAUGAAGUCAGUUCUCAGAGUUCAGCGCAUAACGCCAUAGAUGACCAGGGCAUUAAGGACACGGUCGGGGUUAUAUGUGUUGAUUGUGAAGGAAAUGUCGCAGUUGGAUCCUCAAGUGGUGGAAUUGCUCUUAAGGUGAGUGGACGGGUGGGAUUGGCAGCAAUGUAUGGCUGCGGUUGCUGGGCAUCCUCAAAAGGACCACCCGGGGUGCCCGUGAGUGUUGGCUGUUGUGUUAGUGGCUCCGGGGAGUAUCUAAUAAGGGGGCUUAUUGCCAGAGAAUGUUGCAUAUCAUCAUCUUUGUCUCAGGCUGGUCCUGCCUCUGCAUGUAGAGAAGUAUUGCGUGAUUUAAUUCAAGAAUGUCAAAAUUCUAUAGAAAUAACUGCUGGUAUCCUUUUAGUUGAAGCCGACACUCACAUGGCUUCAGGAGGUUCAGCAAUACUAAGAGCAGUUGAUAUUGCAGCUGGUUAUAAUGCCUCAUCCUUUGGGAUGGGCUAUUUUGCAAACAAUAUGAAGUGUCCCAAGGUGUCGAUUCUUCGAAAGCAAACCAAAGCCGAAGUAGACCAGUUGUUUGCAGCGAGAAUUAAUCUUGUCGGUGACAAUCAUUCAUUAUAGUACUAAGCACUCAAGUCAAUCUUGUGGUUGUCAAUAGUAUUUUGGUUUGUCGUGAAGUCUUGCAGAAACAGAAUUGGUAUCAAAGAUCCUGUUACUGUGAUCUCCAAAAGGAAUAUGCCACUUCAGUGGCGUGUUAGAGAGAAUAGAAGCUAACCAUACAAUUUGAUGUAAUUUAUCUCAGAAUUAAUGGAACUCCUGUUUUCACUUUAUUCACCAACAGAGUACUCUUCCUAUGUAGAAAUUGGUAGGGAGUAACAUCCAAUAUGAAAUUGAUAUUUUCC